UCUCUGCAGCAUAAAAGAGACGCCCAGAGCAGCACCAAGCAUGUGGAGUUGAUAAUCGUCGCAGACAACCGCGAGUAUCAGAAACAGGGGAAAGAUGUGGAGAAAGUGAAACAGAGGCUUGCUGAAAUAGCAAACUAUGUGGACAAGUUUUACAGAUCGCUGAAUAUCCGUGUGGCUCUGGUGGGGCUGGAGGUGUGGAGUGAUGAAGACAAAUGCUCCAUCACACAGGAUCCGUUCACAUCGCUCCACGAGUUCCUGGACUGGAGAAAACUCAAGCUGCUCCCGCAGAGACCCCACGAUAACGCUCAGCUCAUCAGUGGCGUUUACUUCCAGGGCACCACCAUCGGCAUGGCUCCCAUUAUGAGCAUGUGCACUGUGGAGCAGUCAGGGGGCAUCGUCAUGGAUCACUCCGAUAACCCUCUUGGCGCUGCGGUUACUUUGGCCCAUGAACUCGGACACAACUUCGGCAUGAACCACGACACGCCGGAGCGCGGCUGCGGCUGCAGAGCCACCGUGGAUCGCGGCGGGUGUAUAAUGACCCCCUCCACUGGGUACCCUUUCCCUACAGUCUUCAGUACAUGCAGUAAGAAGGAUCUCGCUGCGAGUUUGGAGAAAGGUGUGGGCAUGUGUUUGUUCAACAUGCCGGAGGUAAAGGUGCUCUACGGAGGCCAGAAAUGUGGAAACGGAUAUGUCGAGGAGGGAGAGCAGUGCGAUUGCGGAGAUGUGGAGGAGUGUCUGAAUCCCUGCUGUAAUGCCAGUACAUGCACACUGAAACAGGAGGCCGUAUGUGCACAUGGACAGUGUUGUGAAGACUGUCAGCUGAAGCCUGCAGGGACUCCGUGCCGUGAGUCCAGUAACUCCUGUGACCUGCCGGAGUUUUGCACAGGUGCCGAUCCCCACUGUCCCGCUAAUGUCUACCUGCACGACGGACACAACUGUCAAGGUGUGGAUGGACACUGUUACAACGGCAUCUGCCAGACGCACGAGCAGCAGUGCAUCACCCUGUGGGGACAGGGUGCAAAACCAGCUCCAGGAAUCUGUUUCGAAAGAGUCAACUCGGCGGGAGAUCCGUAUGGAAACUGUGGAAAAGACGCAAAGGGAUCAUUUGCCAAAUGUGAAGCACGAGAUGCUAAAUGUGGGAAAAUACAGUGUCAGGGCGGAGCCAACCGGCCGGUGAUUGGCACCAAUGCUGUCUCCAUAGAAACCAACAUCCCGCUCCAGGAAGGAGGGCGUAUCCUCUGCCGUGGGACUCAUGUGUACCUGGGAGACGACAUGCCGGAUCCGGGCCUCGUGCUCACCGGCACCAAGUGUGGAGAAAACAUGAUGUGUAUAAACAGACAGUGUCAGAACAUCAGUGUGCUCGGGGUUCACGACUGUUCGGCCAAGUGCAGCGGACACGGGCGUUUCAUGUCGACUUUAAGCAGCCCAGAAAUCCAUCUGAACUAA